GAAGCCGGCCAAUGUAAUUCACCGCAAGACACGAAGGAGAGAGAGAGAGAGAGAGAGAGAGAGAGAGAGAGAGAGAGAGAGAGAGAGAGAGAGAGAGCAGCUGCCGACAGACCAGCCUCCUCUGCGGGACAACAAAGGAGGCGCCGGACUCACAUCACGACUCCUGUCAGCAGAACUCAAAAUCGGAGAAAAAAUCCUGAAUAUUCUCAAAAUCUUUGGCCUCUUCACAUUUAGCCCAAACUUGCCGUUUGACUGGACGAAAUGGAGGAACAUUUUGACGAGAGGGACAAAGUUCAGCGCAACGGCCGAAGCAGCGCUCGAGCGAACGGGCUGAUGAGUCCCACUCACAGCGCCCACUGCAGCCUGUACCGGACGCGCACCCUCAAGACUCUGAGCUCGGAGAAGAAGGCGAAAAAAGUGCGUUUUUACCGCAACGGUGACCGGUACUUUAACGGUAUCGUGUAUGCCAUCUCAUUGGACCGAAUUAGAACCUUUGACGCCCUGCUGGCUGACCUGACACGUACUCUUUCUGACAACGUCAACCUGCCUCAAGGGGUCCGAAUCAUCUACGCAAUUGACGGUUCCAGGAAAAUCACCAGUAUAGAUCAGCUGAUGGAAGGUGAAAGUUAUGUGUGUGGCUCCACCGAAGCCUUUAAGAAACUCGACUACACCAACAACAUCAACCCUAACUGGUCAGUGAAUGUAAGGGCCCUGGGCUCCAGCCCCACCUCUCUGGCCAGCUACAAAACAGGGCCGCAGUCCAAAGAGAGCAAGGACUUCAUCAGGCCCAAACUGGUCACCGUCAUCCGCAGUGGAAUGAAGCCUCGGAAGGCAGUGCGCAUCCUGCUCAACAAGAAGACUGCUCACUCCUUUGAGCAAGUUCUCACUGACAUUACAGAUGCUAUAAAGCUUGACUCUGGGGUUGUCAAGAGGAUCUACACCCUUGAGGGAAAACAGGUCAUGUGCCUUCAAGAUUUCUUUGGUGAAGAGGACAUCUUCAUUGCAUGUGGCCCAGAGAAGUUUCGCUAUCAGGAUGACUUCCUGCUGGAUGAGAAUGAGUGUAGAGUGGUGAAAUCAAACACUUACGGGAAGAUGGGGUCUGGAAACAGAAGCUCUUCCAGAAGUAUUGCCCUUUUCCGCCGCAGCAAGUCUCCAUCUGGAUCAGUAAAUGGGACUCCAGCCAGUCAGCUGUCUACACCCCAUUCCGCAAAGUCACCCAGCCCGUCGCCCACCAGCCCAGGGAGCAUGAAGAAACGCAGGGGAUCCCAACACAGUGGUUCCUCUCUCUCGCUGGCCUCUACCAAAGUCUGCAGUAUGGAUGAGGAGGAUGGGCCCGUGAGUGAUGCCGAGCCUGUGGAGGAGACGCCGAUACCAACAGUUCCAAGCUCCAUUUCAGAUCGGUACAAAGUUGGUAGAAUGAUUGGAGAUGGGAACUUUGCAGUAGUCCAUGAGUGUGUGGAGCACUCCACUGGCAGAGCAUACGCUCUGAAGAUCAUCAACAAAGGCAAAUGCAGGGGGAAGGAACAUAUGAUACAGAAUGAGGUGGCUAUCCUAAGAAGAGUGAAACACCCAAACAUUGUGCUGUUAAUUGAGGAGAUGGACACAUACAGUGAACUUUACCUGGUCAUGGAGCUUGUCAAGGGAGGAGAUCUAUUUGAUGCCAUCACCUCCGCCAACAGAUACACUGAGCGAGAUGCCAGUGGCAUGCUGUACAACCUGGCCAAUGCGAUCAAAUAUUUACACAGCCUUAACAUCGUCCAUCGAGACAUUAAGCCAGAGAACCUUUUGGUGUAUGAACAUCAGGAUGGAAGCAAAUCCUUGAAAUUGGGUGACUUUGGCUUGGCCACCAUGGUAGACGGACCCCUGUAUACUGUCUGUGGAACACCCACAUAUGUAGCACCUGAAAUUAUUGCAGAGACCGGGUAUGGCCUUAAGGUUGACAUCUGGGCUGCUGGAGUCAUCACAUAUAUUCUCCUUUGUGGAUUUCCUCCAUUUCGUGGGAGCAUUGAAGAUCAGGAAGCUCUUUUUGACCAGAUUCUGCUGGGCCAGUUAGACUUCCCUCUGCCAUACUGGGAUAAUGUAUCGGAUUCUGCCAAAGAGCUGAUAGUGUCUAUGCUGCAAGUGGAAGUGGAUCAGAGAUACACAGCACUGCAGGUUUUGGAUCAUCCCUGGGUUACUAAUGAUGGUCUGUCGGAAAAUGAGCACCAGCUGUCAGUGGCAGGAAAGAUAAAGAAGCACUUUAACACUGGACCCAAGCCCAGCAACAACACUCCAGGAGUGUCUGUCAUGACGACCACCGCUCUUGAUAAGGAGAGGCAAGUUUUCCGACGAGGACGCCACCAGAAUGUGAGCGCAGCUCCCUGGACCACCCAGCCAACCUGUAGCCUCCACAUCCCAGCCUUUGCAUCCCAUCUGUGCCCCGAUCUUCCCCAGCCACCCACUGGGUUUCCCAUUCCAGCCCUCACCCUCGAUCCACGCCCCUCCACCACCACCACGCCCGAGUCUGAAGACUUUUCUGCCUGCUCCACGGAGACUGUUCGCUCCCUUUACUCUCCUUUCUAGAAAGGGAAGGGGGCAAGUGGAAAGGGCAUUACAUGAGGAGAAGGUUUAUGAGGAUUCGGAACGCGGCUGAGUGGACUGAUGAACUAAAUAAUUUUGUAAAUGGGAUCACACAAAGGUGCAGGGAAAAUGAUGACCGUAUGUCAGGAAAGGGGGUUCUUAUUUAUGGUCAUUAUAACUUUUUCAUUUAUUUAUACAUGAUGGAUACAUUUUUCUUUUUUAUUCAAGUUAAAUAUCCUGUUUCUGUUGAAGCACUUUAAAAUGUACUUUUCUGGGUCCAGUAUUCGGCUGCACAAAGGAAAACUGCUGUAAAAACACAAACACAUACACAGAAUCUGAAUAAUGAAAAAGAAAAAUGGCUUUAGAAUUGUUUGAUUGUUCACUCUAACCCUAACCCCAACUAACCCUAACUUUUCUCUGAAUCUCAGCCAAAUAUAUCACAGGAUAGAUUCUAAGUUAAAAUAUACUCUAUUGCUAAUAAAGCAUCAUAGAAAUGUAAAUUUAGAUUUAAUUUAAUUAAAAAAGUCAUUGUUUUAUAUUACUCCAGAUAAUACAAACUGGUAGAAUUGUUUUAGAUGAAGAAAGAUUACGAUAUAAGUUUCGAUAUUUUAAAGGUGUUUUAGGGAAACGGUUAGGAAUGAUCAUGUGGCAGUGUUACAGUAUAUGAAGAUUGUACAUAUUUAAAAAUAUAUAUUUUUAGCCUUCACCCAACCUAACUCUAACCCCAAACUAUCUCUAACCUUAACCCUAAUCUAAAAACUGUCUGUUACAGGACAGAUUACAGUAUAAAUGUUUGGUUAUAACUCAAUUUUGACAAAACGUGUAGUUACUAUAUUUUGCCUUUGCAUUGCAGUAUUGUUUUUAGGUUCCAGAAGGUUAUUGGUACCCUGUAUCCCUGACUAGUGUUCCCCAAACUUUUCUAAGCAGACUGAAAACACUUGACCCAGCUCUUGAUACCUCUUCAGAGAUAAAUUUAUAUCUGGAAAUACCUUCCCUUUGUGGUCACAGUACUGGACACAGAACUUGUUCAUACAUGAGAUAGGGACCUUUUUUGUAAUCAGUGUAAAUAAUAUAAUUUCAAUUAUUUUGAUAUUGACAAUAUAUUUCUUUAUCUUAACUAGACAAUGUAACAGUCACAUUUAACCAUUCUACAGUUUUUAUGUAUAAUGAACAUAAGCACAAACACAUUGUGGGAAAGACAUACGUAACAUUCCUUUAUACAGGGUCAGCGCUUGAAAAUACAAAUGCCAACUUGGAUUUCACAGCAAACCAUUCAGUUCCAUUAAUUCCAUUUCAUUAAAUGAAGGACACUUGUUCAGUGGUACAGCUUUGUAAUGAGAUCAAGUGUUGGAGACGUGGUAUUAGUUGCAGGAAGCCAGAUUAGGUUUGAGUGUCUUUGGUAUAGUGCAGAUAGUACCUCACAGCCCUGCUUACUGUGUCAUUGUAUUCUCUCAUUAGUGCAUGGAAUACAGUGUGGCUCUGAACAUAUUAUAAUUUGAGACAUUAUCUUAUUAAAAAAAUACAUAUUACAACCUG